AGGUAAAAUGGCUCAGAGUGGAGUUCAGCUGGAGAAAAUCUCCUGUUCCAUCUGCUUGGAUCUACUGAAGGAUCCAGUGACGAUUCCCUGUGGACACAGCUACUGCAUGAACUGUAUUAAAGGCCACUGGGAUGGAGAAGAUCAGAUGGAAGUCCACAGCUGCCCUCAGUGCAGGAAAGAUUUCAUACCGAGGCCUAACCUGGAGAAAAGCAUCAUGUUAGCAGAGUUGGUGGAAGAUCUGAAAGAGAUUGGACUCCAAGCUGCUCCUGCUGAUCACUGCUAUGCUGGACCUGAGGAUGAGAUGAAGAUCUUCUGUCGUACUGAUCAGCAGUGUAUCUGUUAUUGCUGCACAAUGGAUUACCAUAAAUACCAUGCAACAGUCCCAGCUGCAGCAGAAAGAGCUGAGAAGCAGAAGAAGCUCCAGGAGAGUCGACAACAAAUCCAUCAGAGAAUCCAGGACCAAGAGAAAGAUGUGAAGCUGCUUCAACAGGAGGUGGAGGCCAUCAAUGUCUCUGCUGAUAAAGCAGUGGAGGACAGUGAGGAGAUCUUCACUGAGCUGAUCCGUCUCCUCCAGGAAAGAAGCUCUGAGGUGAAGCAGCAGAUCAGAUCCCAGCAGGAAACUGAAGUGAGUCGAGUCAAAGAUGUUCAGGAGAAGCUGGAGCAGGAGAUCACUGAGCUGAAGAGGAAAGACGCUGAGCUGGAGCAGCUCUCACACACAGAGGAUCACACCCAGUUUCUCCUCAACUACCCCUCACUGCCAGCACUCAGGGAGUCGACACACUCAUCCAGCAUCAACAUCCGUCCUCUGAGACACUUUGAGGACGUGACAGCAGCUGUGUCAGAGCUCAGAGAUAUAAUGUACGAUGUCCUGAGAGACACAUGGACAAACAUCUCACUGGCAAUCUCUGAAGUAGAUACUUUUCUCUCAGUAGAACCGGAACCAGAGACUAGAGCUGAAUUUUUAAAAUAUUCACAAAAGAUUACUUUGGAUCCAAACACGGCUAAUUCAUUUCUGUCUUUAUUCGAGAGGAACAGAAAAGCCAAAAAGACAGACAAACAGUCUUAUCCUGAUCAUCCAGACAGGUUUACUCAGCAUUCUCAGGUUCUGAGCAGAGAGAGUCUGACUGGUCGUUGUUACUGGGAGGUGGAGUGGAAAGGAGCGGGAAGAGGAGUUGUAGCCAUUUUAAACAAGGAUGUCAGCAGAGAAGAAAAAUUUGGAUUAAAUGACAAAUCUUGGUCAUUAGUUUGUUCUACAAACAAAUACACAUUUAAGUACAACAACACUGAAACUCCAGUAUCAGGUCCAGUUUCCUCCAGAAUAGGAGUGUACCUGAAUCACAGAGCAGGUAUUCUGUCUUUCUACAGCGUCUCUGAAACCAUGACUCUCCUCCACAGAGUCCAGACCAGAUUCACUCAGCCUCUGUAUGUUGGGGUUGAGCUUUUCUGUAAUGGAGCCUCAGCUGAAUUGAUUAAGCUGAAAUAGUCAGCA